UUUGUACACGAAAAUAUGUCUCAUCAGUAUUAUCAGAAGGUUUGGGCAGAGGCGGUCAAUGUGCUCAACACAGCCUCAAGUCUCGAUGCCAUUUUGCAGUCUGCGAAACCGGAGAGGGAUAAGAAGCUGAGCCACACCAUCGUGUCCGGUUUGUACGCCAAGUAUGCGUUGGUGUUGAAGAAACUGGACGCUUGUUUCGACCAGACUGUGCAGCCGCAGAAACGCAUCAUGAUCAGGAAACUGCUCGACGCCACCAUCGGCCGCCUCAUCGAAGUCAAACAUGAAAUGGUGAAUCUGGACCUGUCCGAGUUCAGCAACAUGGGCGGCGCUAUUGCCGAGCUGCAGGUGCUGCCGUCGGACGUUGAAGAAGUGGUCCCGAAAUAUUACAAGGCGCAGCGAAUGCGCGAAAUCACAGAGAGAAAGGCUCAUCUCAACUCCAUUCUUAAAAAACUGGGCAUUUUUGACGAGAAGCACAAGGCGUUGGUUUUAACUGAGGACGAGGCGAUUCGGCUGAUCCAGACCCACGAAAGGGCCAGACAGGGUCGCCUGCGCGCCAAACUGAUGCGCGAACUCACCCUUAUCAAGAACAAAAUGCGUCCAGCGGCGGCGACGAAUGAAAAGAUCAAAACCGCGGAAGAGGCGGCCCUCGUCCUGCAGAAAACCUGGCGAGGCCUCCAGUCACGCCGAGCCACCAAAAGCAAGAAAAUCGCCGAAAUGAUCCUCAUCGGAAUGCAACAGCCGGUUGUGGUUGAGGAGAGGCAGCGGAGGCGGGCUUUGGAGGUGGAGGAAAUGAGGCGGCAAAUGCAGGUCGUGUACAGGGAGCGUUUCCAGAAGGCCAUGGUAGAGGAGCGGCUGCGCGUCGAGCAGUUGCAGACCCUCAAGUUGACCAGGCAGAUUGCCAGCGAGGUGCGAAACUGGUUCAUGGACUACAAGAACGGAACGGGCAAGUUCCCCGAGCUGCCCACUGAGGAGAUGGGUGGGUCGGCCAUAUUGUUUGGAGGGGGUGGCGACCUCGAGCAGGGGGUGGCCGAGAGUGAGGCGAGCAAGUCGACGGUGGCCUCGACCAAGGAGGGGAAGUCGAAAAAGGACAAGGGGAAGAAGGCCAAGGAGAAGGAAAGCAAAAAGGCAAAGGACGCAAUGGACGACGACCCUGGCUUCAAAAUGCAACCCUCAAACUUCCUCCCCUCCAUCCUCUCCGGCAACACCGAGUUUGAUGAAAUUUGGAGAGGGAAAAACGAGGUGGACAACCCUUUGCAGCACCACUACAUGGACAUGAUCGAGAACGAAAAGCAGCAGGAGGUGGAGCGGGAGGUGCGCAGGGUGGUCGACGAGGCCCUCAGGGUCGAAUUGGAACUCUUGAAAGCGGCUCUAGAUCGUGACAGGGCAAAUCGGGGGAAGAAGGUGAAAAAGGGUGGCAAGAAAAAAGGGCGCAAGGGUGGAAAGAAGGGCAAGAAGAAGCGCGAGAAGGACCUGACGCCCGAUAGGACGACGGACUCGCUGUUCGAGGAGUUGGUCACUCAGGGCAUCAUCAGGUACUACCCUGACACGCCCCUGUCCAACUUUUUCGGCGACUGCGCCCUGGCAAUGCACGAGCAGAAGAAACAGGGCAAGGAACCUUCGCCAGGGUUGGGCGACGUCCGCAGACUCAUCAACGAGUACUGCAUCCUGCCCCUUGGUUCAAAGGAAAUUCAUCAGGCAUCGCCUCUAGUCCGCUCCGUGCUUCUCACGGGCCCCACCGGAAGCGGAAAAGACCUGAUUGUCCAAACGGUUUGCUCCGAGUUGGGUGCCGUUCUUUUCGACCUGACGCCCACCAACCUUGCUGGCAAUUACCCUGGCAAGGCUGGACUGACCAUGCUCGUCCACCUCAUCAACAAAGUUUCUCGAUUGGUGCAGCCGUCAGUGCUGUACAUGGACAUGGCCGAGAAGCCGUUCAUGAAAAAGGUGCCCAAGCAGGACAAAUCUGACCCGAAACGGUUGAAGAAGGACCUUCCGAAGAUCGUCAAGGGCAUCGGCCCGGACGACCAGAUCAUUCUGAUCGGCUGCUCAAACAACCCCUGGGAGUGCGACCAAAAAGCCCUGACGCAGACCUUCAACAAGAUCAUCGUGUUGCCCAAGCCAGACUACGGGUCUCUGUCGGCAAUGUGGCGCCACCGGUUGAUGCAGUUCCCAGCCGUCAGCCGCCAGUUCAACACUGGCGUCAUGGCCAAGCUGUGUGACGGAUACGCCAUGGGCACCGUCGUCAAGGUCAUCAAUGAGGUGAUCAAAGUCAUUGAAGUUAAGAGCAAAAACUUGAAAGAAUUUCAGGUGAUGACCUGCAAAAGAGUGCUUCAGCUGAAGACGCAGCCCCUGACGCACGCCGAGUUCAUCAACUGCCUGGCCAAAUACGAUCCAAUUUUCAGGGAGGAGGAGGAAUGCUACUCUCAGUGGUACGCGAAAACUCCGCUGGGCAAGAAAAAGAUUCGAGCUCUGGAACUGGAGGAGGAGAUGAAGGCCGAGAAGGAAAAGCGGAAGAAGAAAAAGUAGAAAAAUGUAAUUUUUAUAAGGUUUAUAAAUCAAAUCAAGA